CGGAUGCUUUGUUGGGCUCGAAUGAUUUGUCAGAUGAAGUAAAGGAUACGCCCCCUGAGCGCGCUUUGGGCUAAAAAAUGGACAACUCCUUUGUGGAAGAAGUGGCUGCAUCACUGGUGAGGGAAUUUCUCAGUAGAAAGGGAUUGAAGAAAACCAUCAGUACCAUGGACCGAGAGCUUCCACGUUCUGCGCUUAGCAUCAAUAACAGGAAUGAACUUCGAAACAUCCUACAUUUGCACUCCUUGUACAAACAGAACAAGGCAAAGGAGAACCCACUUAAAACACUUCUUGAAAUUAUUACUAAUUACUUCCUUGAGCACCGUGGGACCUCCAAAAUCACCAGUUCAAGUUCAGCUCUGUCAGCUCCUGAAAGUAAGAGCUCAACAUCUUAUCCACCUGACUUCUCAGAGGAAGAUCAUGCAUUUGGGAGUGCCAGUAUGCCUGAUGAGAGCAAAACUCAAACCUCCAGAUACCAUGUUGAGAAUCCACUAGAUAAAAUCCUUUCAUCCAGAAAACAGCAGCACAAAAGUGAAAAAUGCCAUGCGGAGACAAUAUGCAAUAGCCAAUUAACCUCUGAUGGGGAUAAGAAGUUAAAAGAUAGUCAAGAAGAUUUAAAAGCAACAAUGAUUUCUGAAGAGCUUCAAGCUACAGUGAAGGACAAGCACAGGCCCAGGUCUGGUCUCAUUGUCAGAGGAAUGAUGGCUGGACCAAUAGCAAGUUCACCAGAGGAUCUGCAAAAAAGGAGGCUUUCAAAACGCUCCACUAGCAUAAGCAGCACAGCACAGCUCAAGGGUGAAAAACAGGAAGGAAAUGACCUGAGUGUCCCAAGCAUUGAUUCUCAAGAAAGUAAAGAAUCUUCAACACAAGUAAAUACAGAGUUUGCAUCAAGGACUUUGUCAGGCUCACACACAAUUUCAGCUUCUGAAAAACUAAGAAACAUCCCCAGGGAUACAGAUGACUCUUUUGCCAAACUGCUCUCUGAAAGAGGGAAGACGAAGACAGAAGAAAGAAAAUCAGUUCCAAGCUUUUGUACAGAAAGCAGUGAAAAAAGCCUUAAAGUGGGUGCCUCUCACAGACAUUCAGGGACUGGAAGAGAGAAGAGAGAAAGGGCCCUCAAGAAAAGUGAGAAUUGGUUGUCAGGCCUCAGGAAGUCUCCAACACCUACUUGGAAUAAAGAAGACCGGAUGAAAGAUGUCCUAGAAUUAGUUGAUGUUGAGGAUGAAGCAACAACUGGAGAACUCAGUAAGAAUCUGAAUCUUUCAACACUGCAUAUGCUUCAAGAAGUAUCAGUAUCAAAGCCAAUUGAUAUCUCUCUUGCAAAAGAAUUAAAAAAUCUUUUGUUUGGCUCCAGUCUUUGUUGCUUCAGUGAAGAAUGGAAAAUACAGAGUUUUACAUUUAAUAACAUACCUCAGUUAAAAUAUGGCAUUGUGCAAAAAAAGGGUGGCCCAUGUGGAGUACUGGCAGCAGUUCAAGCGUGUGUCCUACAGCAGCUUAUCUUUGGAGACAGUAACAGGAAUAAAGACGCUCGCUGUCUUCAGCCUUCAGAAGUGCACAGGACCAAAUGCCUCACCAUAGCUCUUGCAGACAUACUGUGGCGUGCAGGAGGCAAUGAAAAAGCAGUUGUGGCACUGCCAUCAGGAAGACAGCAGUUCACUCCCAUAGGAAAAUACAAGGCAGAUGGAAUCUUAGAAACUCUAAUACUGCAUAGUGCCACAAGAUAUGAAGAUCUGAUUGUACUUCUUCAGCAGAAUAUUCACCAGUUUGAAAUUGGCCCCUGUGGAUGCAUUCUUCUGACUGUGUCUGUCAUCUUAUCAAGAUCUAUCAAUCUGGUGCGCAAUGAUUUUGAUGUGCUUACGAACCGUUUGAUCGGCAGCCAUGGCUAUUGUACUCAGGAAUUAGUGAACUUGCUUUUGACUGGCAAAGCUGUGUCCAAUGUUUUCAAUGAUGUGAUAGAGCUGAAUUCUGGAAAUGGAAAUGUCACAAUCUUGAAAGGCAUCACAAGCCGCAGUGAUAUUGGUUUGCUGUCUCUCUUUGAGCACUACGAUGUUUGCCAGGUUGGUUGUUACUUGAAGACCCCUAAAUACCCAAUUUGGUUGGUGUGCAGUGAAAGCCACUUCAGUGUGCUUUUUUGUUUGGAAAAGGAUUUACUAGGUGACUGGAAAACAGAACGGAGAUUUGAUCUAUAUUAUUAUGAUGGCUUGGCCAACCAGGAAGAGGAAAUACGGUUAACAGUUGACACAACUCAGAUGUUCACUGAAGAUAAAGAAAAUGAUCUUACUCCUCCUCUUGAGCACUGCAUUAGAACAAAGUGGCAAGGAGCUGUUAUUGACUGGAAUGGCACAGAACCAAUCUUGUGACUGACCUGACCCGCACUUUAUUUGUAAAGAGAAAAAAAGGAAAUGACGGAACUAGCACAUUCCUAUUCCCACCAAUACAGGAAAUAGGACAAGAGCUAUGCCAUUUACGAUGAGGAAGAAUGACAUGGUUGUGUUCAGGCUGGAAGAGUUUCACCUCAUUCACCUCAUGCUUCGGAUAUUUUGCUUAUAAUAUAAACAACACUUACAUAAAUUCUUUGUGGCUGGCUUUAACAUACGGUUUCUGAGUGUAGACUGAAUUUCCCAUGCCAAAUGAUGGUUAGAGAUGAAGCAGUGAAGUUGUCAAUGUCCCCUUGAGGUCUCUUUCUGGAUUCACCCUGUAUACUGCAAUUGUUUCCAAAAAUCUAAUGAAAGAACCUGAACCCAUUUCUGUCACUGUACUUGCCUUCUCUGUGUCGCCUAGUUCUCCACCUACAACACUCCAGCACAAGUAUAAAAUGUCAAGAAAUAUAUAUAUUCACCUUGUUACCUUAUAUUAGUAAGUCUCAUUUUGCACUCAAUGUAUUGGUGAUCACAUGGACUUUUCAGAUAAAGCCAGACCCACACAAAGUUUUUGUGUUAUAAAAUUUGCAGUAAAGCUUGUGGUUUUCUGUUAACAGAACAUACUAGUAUGUUCCUUAUUCUGGGUGCAAUUCUGCGGUGCACAGUGCCUCACACUGAUGUGGUUCAUUUCCUUUCUGGACAGGAGAAAGAUGUUUAAAUAUCUUUACUUUUAUAUCAGUGUAACUGCUUAUACUCUAGGUUUUAUUUACACCAAAGUGCUAGAUAAGAUUUGCGGUUUGCUUUUUCAUUAUCACAAGAAAACAGAAAUGCUGUCAGGUUUGAAAUGUAAAGAGUACCUGUCUGUGAUAGAUACUGUUUUUCAUGAUUAAAUAAAAUGCAUGUGUGAAAAUGGUGUACUGUGGAGAUGCACCAUGAGGUACCAAAAGAUCAGUUUGUAUUAUGAAUUGAAUUCUUUAUUUUGGCAACAAUUUACUAAAAUUGGAACAAGUUACUGAAGACUAGAAAAAAUGCUUUGGAAAAAAAAUAUUUGCUAGCAGAAAAGCUGCAGAUAAAUGAUGUUUCUGGAAUUAUUUGUCUCUCUUAAAAGUACGUAUUUCAUGAGAGUUUAAUACACGACUUUUACUUGCUGAUAUUUAUCAUAGCACCUUCUUCCUAGUCAAUAUGAAAACUUUGAGUCCAGAUAAACUAGUUGCUAUUUUCAAAAUCAAUUUCCAACAGAAAUUAAAUAUCCUACUGUGUGUAGCCUAGAGAUAUAAAACAGUCUGUACAAAUACAAAUUUCAGGGAAUCAGCACUUAUUAUAGAUUUGGAAACUGACUUGAAUAUAAACCAUAACAUACUACCAGAAAAGUUCAGUCUGUGAAUGUACGUCUCCCGCUUUGCUUCCCAUUUACAUCAAGAUAUCUAUAUGCAGUAAAGCAUACCAGAGUUACAGUUAUUUCAAUUUUAUUUGAUUCAGUGUAAUGUAAUUUGUUUGUUUUAGAUCAGAUAUGCAAACUUCCUUCUUUACACUUUCUGAGAUGAAGAUCUCCCAUUCAGCCUCGAAGCCAUAGACAGCAUCAGAUUCCUGACUCAGAGCCCAAUCCUGACUCUCCUAGAGGAAAAUUACAUUACUCCCUUCAUCUCAGUGUAUUUAGGGAUAUGUUUGUACUGUCAGCUGUAGGUGGACUCAAGACUGCCUUUAGGAUGCAUUCAUCUAAACUUCAAGCCCACCAGUUCCUUGGUAAGACAUUGCCUCAGUGAGCUUCAGUAUUUCUGGGAGUUGGAGAUCCCAAAUAUUCAAGGAUCCCAGAUCCAGACCUUUCACUAAUAUGGCUUGAAAAAUCACAGACAUAAUGGUGGCUGAGUGUGGUGUCAGCCAGUCUACCAGCCUGCGUUAAACCUUUGCUCCUUUUGAUUUUUUUUUUUUUUAUGAACUACAGUCCACACUUUGUUUCAUGGUGCAAAUAUAGUCUGAUUUUCCCAGCUGCAUCACAGGGCAGCUAUAACAUAAAAUAAGAUUUUUCACAGAAUGCAUUUGGACAGAAAAUAGUGGAGAGAUGAAAAUUCCUUUCUGUAUUUUUCAAUCUAUUAAACCUACACCAUUUGCUUUAAAGCACUGCUUUAAACUAUGUCAGUUUGGAGACGACCUUCCACUCCCAGAUGGAAGAGCAGUGAACGAACAUAAGUAUUCCCCUGGGGAGGAAGGGAGCUGCCUUGUUACAGCCCUGAUUUCAUCUGACUAAAAUAUGGAUGUCUCCAGUGCAGAUGUGCUUGGAGGAGCUGUUUCUCUGGGCUACCUUUAGAGUUGAAACAGGUAGUAAGGUGUGAUUUAUCUUUGCUUUUGGGCAAGAAGAAUUAUGCUCCAGACUAUAGGAUUAUAAACUGAGUAUACCCGGAGCCCAAGGGGAUUGCCUUGGAUCAGCUUCACCCUUAAAGAUGUAAGGAUUCUUCAGGGCAUAACAAAGAGUUCAAGAUUAAUGAAUAGACAUGGAAAUGGAUUAUAUUUUUUUGCUUAUCUUGAAGCAUAAAUGAAGAUCAGAGGGAGCCCUGAACUCUGAUUCUCUUUUUAAAACAGGCUGCAAAGACUUUUGAGGCUCCUUCCUCACUGGUUAUGAAGAAUAUUUUUGUUGAAUAUUAAUUUCGAUUACAGCAGAAUCCCAGUGAGCCAAAUCUUUCAUAUUCAUUAUCUGUAAUUAUGCCCCCAUAUAUUUGUUAUGCAAAGUCUACUGUCUGCCAUCUGUUUAAGAUGAUCUAACUCAAGAUUCACCUGUGCUCUCACUCACGGAGGCAGAAAUAAAACACUUGGACCAAAAACACCACCGCUGUAGGGUAAUUCCACCAAGCUUGAGCACAGCAUUGCUAAGUCCCUUCCACCAUCUUUGCUCCUGGAGCCUACAGGCAGUACCUGCCUUCUCCAUGGCUCAGUGACACUGCCCUUACUAGGCAGGAGAGAUGGCUUAUGAGAUUUACUAAGGCAUCUUUCAGUAAAGAGGAAAUGUGUAACCAAAAUACUCAUGUACAGCUACCUCUUCUGCAGAAACAAACAAACCAACCAACCCUGAAACUAAGACAAAACAAAAAAACAACCAACCAAACCAAACCAAACCAAAUAAACAAAAAAAAAGGAAAAAAAAAAAAAACUGAGCACUGCCUCUCUCACUUUCUGCAUCAAGAAAAAGACUCAUAUAUUUCAGUUUGAUAGCAAAACACAAGAGGUUAAGAUAUCACAGAGCUUUUUCAAUCAAACGAACAGGCAAGACAAUACAAAAUGUCAUAUGGCAAUGAAAAAACCUUUGUACAGAUCUGUUGUAAUCCUGUUGUAAUAGUUUACAUCUAGUUUUUUUAAUUACUUUUUCCUUUUCGUUGUUUCCCAUUUUCUUUUUCAUUGCCCGAUAAACGUGACUUCCUGAAGUGAACAAAGCAAGGAGCUGCUAAUUGUACAUUAAAAGACACUGGCACUUGGCCUCUAUGUAUAUCUUAAAUUCAUUCUCUUUCCUUCUGUGGUAUAAAAAAUACACCCUCUGCUGAAAUGUGAUGCCUUAGCUAACAACAGAGAUGGCAUAUUGUACAUGCAGAAUGUCUAAUCAGAAGUGCUAUUUUGGUAAGGUGUCAUAUAUAUCGCAUUUGU